CAGCGUGUGAUUGACAGGCGAGAGACCCCGGCCGGGGAAAGGGCGCGCUAAAGAAGGCGCCCUUUGCUAUUGAGCUGCUAUUGAACUGGAGCAGCCGCUAGGAGUAAUGACAGCAGGUGACACGUCAGGUUUUUCAGUUUGGCCCAGCGAUGGCAAGCACUUUUCAUAAAGUAUCUUAUUUAAGGUCACUGCAACUUGAUGAGUCCUCACAACAGGAUGAAGUGAGGCAGCUUUGGCAUACGAAUGCUGCAGUGCAGAGGCAUAAGAGAAGAUUUCUGCAAAAGACCAUGGCGCAUAGAACCCAGAAGAUUGAUGGCAUCCAUUUUCCCUUUCCCUUCACACCCUAUUCCAUCCAGAAAGACUUCAUGGCACAGCUGUACCAGGUUUUGGAGGCUGGCAAGAUUGGGAUAUUUGAGAGUCCAACUGGCACUGGAAAGUCUUUGAGUCUUAUUUGUGGGUCCCUCUCCUGGCUCCGUGACUUUGAACAGAAGAAGCAGCAAGAAGAGGCACGUAUCCUGGAAACUGAAACUGGCCCUGCAUGGAAUAAAAAAGACCCACCCCCAGUUAUCUCAUCUUCCUGUGGGGAGACUGCAGGUACCCCGAGGCCCGCUGGAGAACCAGACUGGAUUACUCAGUUUGUGCAGAAGAAAGAAGAAAGGGAUAUGGUGGCCCGACUGAAGGAGGAACAGAUCCGGAGGAAGAAGCGGGAAGAACGCCUGCAGCAGAUCCAGCACAACGUGCAGCUCAAGUAUGCAGCCAAACGCCUGAGACAGGAAGAAGAGGAUACCGAGAGUCUCCUCCGCCUCAGCAGGGAGAUGCUGGAAGCAGGAACGGGGGCUGAGCAGCUGGAGCCACUGGAGUCUGGGGAGGAGGAGCUGGUCCUUGCCGAGUACGAGAGUGAUGAUGAGAAGAGAGCAGCUCGAGGAGUGGACGAGGACGAGGAUGACCUGGAAGAGGAACAUGUGACUAAGAUUUAUUACUGCAGUCGGACACACUCCCAGCUGGCCCAGUUUGUGCACGAAGUACAGAAGAGCCCCUUUGGCAAGGACGUCCGGCUCGUCUCCCUCGGCUCUCGGCAGAACCUUUGUGUAAACCAAGAUGUGAAGCGCCUGGGUUCUGUGCAGCUCAUUAACGACCGCUGCAUGGACAUGCAGAGAAGCAAGCAUGGGAAGAGGAAUGAAGCCAAGGAGGAGCAACCAAAGAGGAGGAGGCAGGAGAAGCGGGCUGCCUGUCCCUUCUACAGCUACGAGCACAUGCACCUCCUGCGGGAUGAGAUCCUGGCAGAGGUGAAGGACAUUGAGCAGCUGGUGGCCCUUGGGAAGGAGGCCCAGGCCUGUCCUUAUUAUGGGAGCCGGUUUGCCAUUCCUGCAGCUCAGCUUGUGGUGCUGCCCUACCAGAUGCUGCUGCAUGCCGCUACCCGGGAGGCGGCGGGCAUCCAGCUGCAGGGCCAGGUGGUGAUCAUUGACGAGGCACACAACCUGAUCGACGCCAUCACAGGCAUCCACAGUGUGGAGGUCAGCGGCUCCCAGCUCUGCCAGGCCCAUUCCCAGUUGCUCCAGUAUAUGGAACGAUAUGGGAAGCGUCUAAAGGCCAAGAACCUGAUGUACAUCAAACAGAUCCUGUAUGUGCUGGAGAAAUUUGUGGCUGCGCUGGGGGGGAACAUUAAGCAAAACCCCAGCACACAGAGCCUCCUGCAGAAAGGGGUGGAGCUGAAGACCAUCAAUGACUUUCUUUUUCAGAGCCAGAUUGACAAUAUCAACCUGUUCAAGGUGCAGCGGUACUGUGAGAAGAGCAUGGUCAGCAGAAAGCUCUUUGGCUUCACAGAACGGUACGGAGCAGUCCUCUCCUCCCAGGAGAAGCCCAGACUGACAGGGUUUCAGGAAUUCCUACAGCGCCUGCAGCCUGGGGUGACUGAGGCCCCUGCAGCUCCUGUAGAUGAGGGCCAGGCCAGGGCUCCCACUUCCCCACUGAUGCACAUUGAAGGCUUCCUCACAGCUCUCACCACAGCUAAUCAGGACGGCAGGGUCAUCUUGAACCACCAAGGCAUCCUCAGUCAGAGCAGUCUUAAAUUCUUGCUGCUGAAUCCAGCCGUGCACUUUGCCCAGGUGGUGAAGGAGUGCCGGGCUGUGGUCAUUGCAGGGGGCACCCUGCAGCCGGUGUCAGACUUCCGGGAGCAGCUGCUGGCCUGUGCAGGAGUGGAAGCAGAGCGAGUGGUGGAGUUUUCAUGUGGUCACGUGAUCCCUCCAGACAACAUCCUGCCUAUUGUCAUCAGCACGGGCAUCUCCAACCAGCCGCUGGAUUUUAAGUACCAGCACAGGGAGCUGCCACAGAUGAUGGAUGAAGCAGGUCGCAUUCUCUUUUGCUUGUGCAAUGUGAUUCCUGGGGGAGUGGUCUGUUUCUUCCCCUCCUAUGAGUACCAGCGCCAAGUCCAUGCCUACUGGGAGAAAAGUGGCGUGCUAUGCCGCCUGGCCUCCAGGAAGAAGAUUUUCCAGGAACCCAAGAGUACAAACCAGGUGGAGCAGGUGCUGACAGACUAUUCCAAGUGCAUUAAGAACUGUGGCCAGGUGAGAGGCAAGAUGGUGACUGGGGCCCUGUUACUGUCCGUGGUUGGAGGAAAGAUGAGUGAAGGGAUCAACUUCUCUGACAACCUAGGCCGGUGUGUGGUCAUGGUGGGCAUGCCCUACCCCAACAUCAGGUCUCCAGAGCUACAAGAGAAGAUGGCCUAUUUGGAUCAGACCCUUCCCAGAAUCCCAGGGAAGGGCCCCCCAGGGAAGGCUUUGGCGGAGAACCUGUGCAUGAGGGCUGUCAACCAGUCCAUAGGAAGGGCCAUCAGGCACCAGCGGGAUUUUGCCAGUAUUGUGUUCCUGGACCAGCGCUAUGCCCAGCCCCCAGUCCUGGCCAAAAUGCCAGGCUGGAUCAGAGAGCGUGUGAAGACCAAAGCCACCUUUGGCUCUGCCAUUGCCAUGUUGCAGAAGUUCCAUCGGGAGAAGUCUGCCUCUUCCUGAUGCACAGUCGUACCAUCUCCAGUGGGCAGGUGAAGGAAGGGUCUGGCACCAGUGGUGGUGUUUGCCUUGGGCCUUCCUGGGAAGAGGAAGCCCAGAGGGAGUGUGGAGUGCAGGAUGCUGCCAGGGCCCAGACACAGGUAGAAGAGGCCAUGGGAGACAACUGGCCUAAACCUGAACAAAUGGGGUCUUGGCCAUCCUUGGACAUGUCCCAGGGCAGCCCCCUCCCUAGAAUUUGAAUCUUUCCUCCCAUUCAGUGUGGCUAUGAGGUCACCCCUGCUGCCUUCUCUUUUUUUUGCAGUUUUUGGCUGGGCAUGGGUUUGAACCCGCCACCUCCGGCAUAUGGGGCCGGCGCCCUACUCCUUUGAGCCAGGCGCCAUGCUCCCCCCACCCCCCCUUCUUAUGCCUACCUGCCUACCUACCUCUGCCCUUUGUACCUUUGCACUGCAUGGUCAGCUAAAAUGAGCUGUUCUAGACUUUUCACCCUCUUCUAAAUUUAAGCUGUUUCCCAUAUCCAGCCCCUCGUGGCCCUAGGGCUCCUGCUCCCCAGGGGAUUCUGAGUGUCCCUGGAUGUCCUCUUUCUGGCCUAGCUCCAAUUCUCCCUCCAAGUCCCCCUCCCUGCCUGUCAACCACUUGAGCAAACUCCAAAACAACUUCUCUGUGGCAUCAUCAAUUAUGCCAAGGGCCUUUAGCUUCUUAGCAUGACCAUUUGAGACCCCCAUGUUUGUCACUGAGACACUUUUUUCUGUGGGAAUAUAUGCCUGCACCAGCUGCCUCUGCUGGCUGUACCUCCUGUGUUUGACCCCAGAGGACGGGGCCCUGUUCUUGAAUA